ACCAAAUUUGAUGAACAGCCUAUCAUAAAUAUGCCUAUCCAUUAUUGCCUAUAUGUAUUGACAAUAUAUGUAAAUUUGUAUAAUAUAUGAUAUCCUCGGAGUCGGAAAUGACUUUCAUUUGUUAAGAGAAUGUAGGAGGAUACGUUUUCUGGGAAGACCACAGUGACGAGCUCCAUUCAACUUGAAGCGCGUCCUUCUAGUCAACAGUUGACUCAGGACACGCAUUGCUCGCUGUUCUAAAUGCGCAACUCGCAACUCGUAAUUCGAUACAAAUUAAUCAAGUGUGAAUACGCCUAGGACAACAUUGAAUGAAUAUGGCACUUACAAACAAUUACUCCGGGACUGGACUGGCUGCCUGUCUGUGUGUCAAUCAGACAGAGAACAAGACAGAGUGUCCGUCCAUCGACAACUUCCGGAACCAGGUGUACUCCACCAUGUACUCCAUCAUCACCCUGCUGGGGUUGCUCGGCAACGGCUUCGCCCUUUUGGUGCUGCUGCGCACCUACCAGAAGAAGUCGCCCUUCCAGGUGUACAUGAUGAACCUGGCCGUGUCGGACCUGCUCUGCGUCAGCAUGCUGCCCUUCCGCAUCCACUACUACGCCAACAAGGGCCAAUGGUACCUGGGAGACUUCAUCUGCCGCAUCAGCUCCUACACCUUCUACGUCAACCUGUACUGCAGCAUCCUCUUCAUGGCCGCCAUGUCCGUCUCCCGCUUCCUGGCCAUCGUGUUCCCCGUGCAGAACAUACGGCUGGUGACAGAGUGCCGGGCGCGCCUGGCGUGCAUCUUCAUCUGGGUCUUUGUGUGCGCCAUGUCCUCACCCUUCCUCAUGUCGGGGGAAACCCAGGACCCCUUCACCAACAAGACCAAGUGCUACGAGCCGCCCAGGAACGGGACGAGCACCAAGCUGGUGGUGCUCAACUACCUGUCCCUGGUGGUGGGUUUCCUCAUCCCCUUCCUGAUCAUACUGGUGUGCUCGGCGGGCAUCAUCCGCUCGCUGUGCCUGCGCCGGACGCAUACCCAUAGAGGGUCGAAGGGCAGCCGGGCCAUCCGCAUGAUCGUCAUCGUCCUGGUGACCUUCCUGGUGUGCUUCACGCCCUACCACGUGCAGCGCAGCGUGCACCUCAGCUUCCUGUCCAACGGGUCUUGCGAGAGGCUGAUCUUCAUGCAGAAGUCGGUGGUGGUGACGCUGAGCCUGGCCGCGUCCAACUGCUGCUUCGACCCGCUGCUGUACUUCUUCUCCGGGGAGGGGUUCCGUCGCCGCAUGUCCACCAUGCGCACGUCGGGGCGGAGGUCCAUCCAGCUCAAGCAGGGCAAGGCAGGUGAGCCUCUGGCCGGAGACCUGAACAUCAGGUCGGCGGCGGAGUAGUUGGGAUUGAUUUGAAGCGAGGACCUCAUUUAGGAAGGGUGAGUAAAUAUGAGAUAAGUGGAGUGCAUCGAUAGGGUGUUUUAAGGGGGCCACUGUGAGUCGGGUUGGCUAAAGGUAUUAAGGCAUGAUACAGAAGUAGUUAGUAAAGUAAAUAAUGAAGUAGCUAUACAGGGAGAUACAGUGAAAUAAAGUACUGUUUUGGUUUUGGAAACGGACAGCACAGCACGGAAAUAUGUAUGAAUUUUAAGAAAAAAGUAUGGAUAUAAUGAAGUGGCUGAAACCUGAAAUACAUUGUAACAAGCCAAAAUGUAUGAAUGUCUACGAGUAAUAAGCUAUUAUAUGGUCUGUUUCAUAUCAUUGUCUAUAUAUGAACUUUCGAUCCAGAAAUUGUUGUUUUUGUUUUGGUGCAGCAGGCAUGUUGUCACGGAAAUAUGUAAGAAUUUAAAGUAAAUUGAACAUUUCCUCAGUAUGGAUAUAAUCAAGUGGCCUUCAAAUGAAGAUCAAACAUGUAUUGUACUGACAUUAUUGCUAGAUCUGUAAUUAAUUUAUCCAUUAAGUAAUUCAAUUUUACUGAACAUUAUUGCUACUGUAGAAAACAUAUGGCGGACGGAUAUCCGAGUCUAAUGCAAUUAUGGUUUCAACCCAUGGAUUGAAUUCCUCAUCAGGGAACCUAUCCUAUACUUUGAGAGGUUGGAAUCACAAUAUAUACUCUUUGAUGUUCUUGUAUUCUGAAAUGGCUGGUACCCCAACUGUGGUAAAAAAAGAGCAGCAGCCAAGAUUUUGAGCAUUAUUUGUUAGAAAUGGCACAGCCAUCCGUCUAGUGAGUUCAAUAUGCUGUGCGCUGUGCUUACUUUCUGACCAAUAAGGGCAUCCCUUCCGCAAUUGGGUCAGGGGAUCAAUAUUGCCUGUCAAUCAAAUUCUCAGUGCAUGGAAUCAACCACUUCUCAAUGGCAAAGAAAUAGACGGAUGGAGGGAGUUUGAUUUCCAUAUCUUGCUCCCUUAUGCUUUUUUCUGCUACCUUGCUCUCACAACUCUCAACACCUACAUCCUUUUAAAGGGGCAACUAUAAAAACUUUCUAGUUUGACUGAUUACUGUUUGUGAGCAGCAGAGGGAGCACACAGUGCAUGGUUUCUUUCUGUAUGAUUGUCAUUCUCCUUGCAUGUGUCUCAGUGCUGCUAGAUCCUAGUUGGAACACAAGAGGCCAUUUGAUAAAGACCUCUAUACUCUGACUGCUAUACUUGAAUAUUAUCAUGCUUAGCCUUGGCAUAAAUGCAUUGUGUAUGGAGGUCCAACUAGUGUUAUGUGUACUUAAAGUGUCUGGUUGUUGUAUGCAGAAGUUGACAAGCGUUCAUCAAGUAUUGUUUCAUUUCCUGUCAUUCCAUGUUGUUCAUGUUUAACUUUGAAUGUGAGAAAUAAAAUUUCAUUUUAUAUGUGAAUGACCUUUAAA